CGCAUUGACAGCCGCUCCCACACUUCACCUCCUUUCAUCUUUCAGUCCCCGUCUUGACCCCUUGGCGUCAACGCUCGAAGAUGACCCCAACUUGACCAUGAUGGCGUACUGCAACUCUUCCGGCCCGUGGCUGACAUGACUGGCCUGUUUUGCUCGAGCCUGGCAGGACUUGGCCAACUCGAACCAUGGUGGAGCUCAAGGAACCCCGCCCACGACAGCGUAAAUUCGCACCUCGCUCUAGGCAAGGUUGCUUGACUUGCAGGACGAGGAGAAAGAGAUGCGAUGGGAACCGGCCGGAAUGUCAAGGCUGUACGCGCUUGAAUCUGAAGUGCCAAUGGCAAACCCAGCGUCAGAUCGUCCCUGACCCUGCCACGCCUUCUUCCCCGGCAUCAGCGGUUCUCAAUGUUACCAGUCCACUCCUCCCUUCUAUUUUCGCCCUAUCGAUCAAGUCUUGGGAAGAAAUCUCCGGUGAGAAUGCGGACGAGGCGAGAUAUCUGCUUCACUAUUAUCAGAAAGCCUUCGUCCCCAGCAUUUCCGUCGCAGACACGCCGUCGAGCUUUUACACGUCUCUUUAUAUGCCAAUGGCCCUCAAAUCCGAGAAGGGACUGCUGGAUGCCAUCGUAGCCCUGUCCUCUGGGCAGCUCGCUCGACGUUCCUCCGACCCGGACAGAGCACGCUACUUACUCGACGUUUCUACGCGCCAUCAGACGAGAAGUCACGCAUUCUUGAGGGAUCGGUUGUCGCCCUCUGGACAGCCCCUGACUGAUGCCUCGCAAGUCGUGGGUGUGAUACUCCUCCUGGUGGGCCUCGAGGCGCUCAACGGCAACAAAGGUACGAAAUGGCUCUCUCAGAUGGACUGCGCCCGUAAGAUUCUCAGCGAUCCACACACGCAAGAGCAAAUGAGCCCUUGGGAACUCGAUUCUUUGCGGCGCCACUUCACAUACUACGAUGUAAUGGCGUCUGUGAUGGCUCCUGUCUCCAAGUCAUACCGUUUCUCACCUGACCGACGGUACGCUAGACUCUAUCAGCCAGGAGAGGGCCUGACCAUCGAUCCACUAAUGGGCAUAUCGGAUCAGCUUUGCUCUCUGGUAUGUCGAAUCCAGUACAUGACGACAUCUACACCAGCCUUCCCGCAUCUAUGCAAGGCUGCAUUUGAAGCAAUCGAAAGGGACAUCAAGCAAUGGAAAUACGAGAACCCAUUGACUUCGCCUGAGCUCGACCUUCCGGUCGCCCUUGACCUUAUAGCGCUCGCAGAAGCUUACCGCCUUGCCGCACUCAUCCAGCUCUACCGAACCUCCACGUCGAGCAAGGAACUCAUAGCCGACUGCGCUUCUCGUGCAAUGCAGUUCAUAGCCAGGAUUCCCCCGGGGAGCCCGGCCGAGUCAAGCCUCCUGUAUCCUAUCCUACUAGCGGGUGCCGAACUUCGUACCGAAGCAGAGAUCUCAUUAUGCCGCGAGAGGUUGACGAUGAUUCAGCGGCGUAACCAUUACGAGAAUGUCGCCAAUCUUCGCGACCUAUUGCAAGAAGUGUGGAAACCCGUUCUUAACGGCGGCGAGAAACGGGACUGGGAAGAGAUUUUGAGAGAAUGGGAUUGGUCUUUCAGCUUGGCCUGAAUCGCAAGCAAACUCCCAGUGAGCAUACGGUGCUACACUCAUGGGUGUCAGACCGUAGGCCGACAGCAAGACGGUAAGCACCUCGCAGAUACUUGGCACCGAAUCGCAAAUCGACUGAGUUUGCCUGAAGCGGGAAAUUGCAUGCCUAUUCAUAUCAGCGACUUCAUGAAGAUGUGACUGGCUACCACCAUCGAGGCCGUUGUUGGAACCAGGGGGGUUCGGAGGAAGCGCACAUAUGCAGUUCCCGUGUGUUCAAAACUUACGAGCCAUAUAACAGCGCCACUAGGGAACCUGGUCAAAUUCGAGAUCACGUGACUAU